AGAAGUAGCCCGGUAGGUUCUUCCUUUUGUAUUUUUUAAGUAUUGUAACAUUAUGUUUAUUGAAACUAGGGUCGUUUAAAUGUCAUGGAAGGAGUCGUUGCGUGAAGUAUUCUGCAUAAUCCAGACCUGGCCUGAGGGUAGCAAUGUAUCCAAGCUUCCACAAUCCGUUUGCAGACGAUGAUGAUCAUGCCACACCAGCAGCAGACUUUCAUUUUGAUGAUUGUGAUGAAGAAAAAAGCACAGUGAACCCAGCAGAUCGACGACAGAGGCAGCUCAAACAAGAGGUUAUGCGCACAGCUCAGUCUGCGAUGGACAGCAGCAGUCGCUCCCUCGGUCUCAUCUAUGAUUCUGAGAAAAUCGGGACAGAGACAGCAGAGGAGUUGAUUCGUCAGGGUGAGGCCUUGAAGAGGGCAGAGAGAAUGGUUGAUGAUAUGACACAGGAAAUGAAGACUAGUCAAAGGCACUUAAACUCUAUUAAAAGUGUAUGGGGAGGUUUGGUAAACUACUUUAAGAGAGAUUCUGUGCCAAGGCCACCACAGAAGGAACAGCCACCUGUCUAUGAGGCCACCAACAGAUUACAGAAUGCACUAGCAGAAAGCAAGGAACAUGAAGGUAAAUAUGAGGCCAGCCAUCCCAAUCUCAGGAAACGGGACACAUCUGAAUUGUUUGGAGCUUCAUUUGAUGAAUCGUCCCAAAAUGGAUACUCGAAGAAUACACACUUGAACGCUGUUCAUCAGCAUCUGGACAAUAACUUAGAUGAGAUGUCAAAGGGUUUGAGCAGACUGAAGAAUUUGGGCCUGGGGUUGCAAGCAGAGAUUGAUGAUCAAGAUGUCUCACUGGAUUCUCUGCUAAAUAAAGUGGACUCAAUGGAAGGCAAGAUAAGCUCUACCAACCACCAAAUCAGAAAUCUAAAAUGAGUCUAAAGAUUCCAGUAUCAUCUCAUUAGUAGUACAUUCUUGUACACUACAAUAUUUUUUGAUUAAUAGCCAGAUUAACAGUUUUACCAAAUUAAUUAGUAAGUAUCCCCACAAUAUUACAGUGGUAUAUGCAGGAAUGUAACUGGAAUGUAACUCCCUCUGUACCAGAUCACAUCAAACCUAUGGCCUAAUCUGUGGUUAUUCUGUGAAAAGCAUUUCAGAGUAUAUGGUCUCUACAAAAAUAAACUUUGACAAGAACUUGUUGCAGUAAAUGAAAAAUACUUAUUUUAUACCAUAAUGAUAAAUAAACUUUAAUUCUUUCAUUGCACUACA